GUCUUUGGUUGAGGGCACCAGAGGAGCAUCGAGCACAGCCUUCCACGCUGCUGGAGGGAUCCAUUACAUUGAAAAAUCACAGCGCUACCAGAGCUGCUGCCUGAGAGGGAACGGCACGGAGAGCACUGGGGACUUUGAGCAGAACCUUGAGAAUCAGCAGCGCUCCAGAGGGAAGGAAAGAUGUGGAAGAGGUCAAAGGUGACGGAUCAAACUGCCGCCGGGCAGACGGGCAUCAAGAAGAAGUCGAAGGUGCCUGGUGUCAUGAUAACGCAGUUCCUGGAGGAACUCCCGGAGGGAAAGUCGACUCCAGAUUUCACCCGCAAACCCAUCGCUCUGACCAUCCAAGAGGGGAAAUGUGCUGUGUUUAAAGCCAUAGUAGUGGGCACCCCAACACCUACUAUCACUUGGGGCAGAGCAAACGGAGAAAUCCAUUUCCACCCCGACAUGUGCCUGCAAAAGUACGAUGAGGCGUCCAGAGAGCACACCAUCGAGUUUCCGAAGGUCGCUCCAGAGGACGCAGACACCUACAAGUGUUUUGCAACAAAUGAAUAUGGAAGAGCUGUUUGCACUGUUGCCUUGAAUGUUAUUGCGGUUGGAUUCUCUAAGACCAAGGAGCUUCAAAAGACACAAGUGGAAGAUACAAAGGACAUCAGACAAAAGCUUAAAAAGCGUAAAGAGGACGGAACACGCGAGGAAAAGAAGAUGGAGCCUGAGGAGAAGGUCUGGGAGAUCCUCCUCAGCGCCGACAAGAAGGACUACGAGCGCAUCUGUGGAGAGUACGGCAUCACGGACUUCCGCCGCAUGCUGAAGAAACUCAGCGAAAUGAAGAAGGAGAGAGAGGAGGAGAUCGCAGAGUUUGUCACGCACAUUAGCACGCUGAAACACAUCGAAGUCAACGACAGCGACUGUGCAACCAUCGAGUUGGACAUGGACCUCAAGGACCCGACCAGCAAACUUUUCCUGUACAAGGAUGGCGUCAUGGUUCCGUUCACCACAGAAGAAAGCGAGUCCAUGAAGCACAAUUUGAAACAAGUUGGCAAGAAAUACGUGUUCACGAUUAAAAAUCUCGGUUCAGAAGAUGCUGGACUCUACUCAGUGGAUGUUGGGGGUAUCAAUGUAUUCUCCACAGAUUUCAAAGUGCCUGAAGUGGACUUUGCUGUCAAAAUACAAGAAGUCAUAGCAGAAGAACGGCAGGACGCCCUCUUCCAAUGUGUCCUGACCGCACCCACUGAUGACCUCAAGUGGUUGGGAAAAAGCGCUCCGCUGUCAAACAGCGAGAAAUUUGAAAUCACUGUAUCUGAAGAUAAGCUCAUACACAAGUUGAUGGUGCGUGAUUGCAUGCCGUUGGACGCCGGCAUCUAUGCUGCCGUGGCAGGAAUCAAGUCCUGCAACGCCUGGCUCGUGGUCGAAGUCGACAAGGAUGCCGCCAGCAAGGGCAAGAAGGCAACCCGCAAAACCACCACGGCUGGAGGCGCUAAUGAGCAAGAUCUGAUGACAAUAGCCAAGGAGCAGCAGGAAAUGUACCAGAAGAAAUUGGAUGAAAAAAUUGAAAUGGCCAAGAAGGCUCAGGCGGAGCGGGAAGCGGCAGAAGCAGUGGCCAAAGUGGAGGGCGAAGCAGCGAAAAAGGCAGCGGCGGAAGAAAAGGCGGCGGCUAAAGCCGCGGCUAAGGCUAAGGCGGCGGCUAAGGCCAAAGCAAAGAGGGCAGCAGCCGCCGAGGAUGCCGCUGCCGGGAAGAAGAAAGCAGCUGCCGCCGCCGCCGCCGGUGCCGGGGCCGGUGGAGCUGAUGGAGGCAAAGGUGCAGAUGGUGGUGCUGCUGUCGGAGUUGGAGGAGAAGGUGGAACUGCAGCUGGAGCCGGUGGAGCCGAAGGCUUGGGAGAAGAAUAUGAUUCUUUUGAGGAUUCUGAUGGAGAAAUUGAAGGGGAGGGAGGUGGAGGAGUGGGAGGUGGAGAAGGAGCGGGAGAUGGAGGAGUGGGAGGUGGAGAAGGAGACGGAGAGGAAGGAGAAGGAAGACAAGGAGGAAAGCGCAAGAAGCGUGUGAGGGAUGGUCCACUCGUUCCAGAUACUGUGAUAGGAGAUAAGAACGAUGAGGGAACCACAAAUCAACCAGGUGAAACAUCUGGGAAAAAAGAAAAACGUCAGAAAAAGAAAGACGUGGCGGUUGAAGAAGCCGUUGUUGCAAAAAGCAACAGAGAGGCGAGUGGUGCCAGUGCCGAUAGUGGCACCGGGCCGGCAGCAGGCCGCCAUGAAUCUACAGCAGCUGGCGGGCAUUCCGCCCGUGCACGCCACGGCCCGCUGAUGGUGGAGACAGUCAGUGAUCCAGGAGUUCACUUCCACGCCGGGCUUUCUGACUGCAAAGCCAUUAUCGGAGAGGCAGCCGAGCUGGAGUGUAAAGUGAGCAGAGAAGACUGUGAAGGGCUCUGGUACAAAGACGGAGAAGAGAUUCAAUCAUCUGAGGACAUUACCAUUUCAAAAGAUGGAACUUUCCACAGGCUCAAAAUUCACAAAGUCACAGAGGAAUAUGCUGGAAAAUAUAAAUUUGAGGCAGAUGGACGUAAGACAGAGUCACUGAUUGUUGUUGAAGAUCCCCCCAGAUUUCCUGCUGAGGAACUGGAGGCAUUUAAAAACCCGGUAACCGUGAAAAAAGGACACAAAGCUUCCUUCAAGCUACCUUAUUUCGGACGGGAACCUAUAAAGAUACAGUGGUAUCUUGACGGUGAAGAGCUGUCGGAGGAAGCCACUAUCAAGUUGGAUUACUCGGAGGGCUGCAGCAGCCUGCUUCUCACCAAGCUUCAGCGCAAAGACAGCGGCGAGGUCAAGAUGAAGCUCAAGAAUGAGUUUGGCACGGUCGAGGCCAUCAGCCAGCUUAUUGUACUGGAUAAACCCACUCCUCCAAUGGGACCUCUGGAGAUUGUGGAAGCCUCCUCUUCAACAAUUGACUUCAAGUGGAGGCCCCCAAAAGACAGCGGGGGCUGCAAGAUAGACAACUACAUCCUUGACCGACAGCAGGUUGGCCGCAACACCUGGAAGAAGGUGGGGCCAAUCGGUCCAGAGCCCAAAUACAAAGACUCUGAUGUCGACCACGGCAGGAGGUACUGCUAUCGCAUCCGAGUGGAGACGGAAAUGGGCACCAGUGAGCUGAUGGAAACGGAGGACAUUCAGGCCGGAACAAAAGCAUACCCUGGAGCCCCAUCUUCACCAAAGGUUGUGACUGCCUUCAAGGACUGCAUUAACCUCUCCUGGUCUCCUCCAUCUGAAACCGGAGGAACCAAUAUUCUGGGAUACAAUUUAGAGAAACGCAAGAAGGGCAGCAACCUGUGGGGCCAAGUCAAUGCACCUGAUGAGAUGAUCAAAGGUAAGGGAUGUGGAGUUAAAGAUGUGGUCGAGGGCAUGGAGUACGAAUUCCGCGUGUCAGCAAUCAACAACUCUGGAGCGGGGGAGUUCAGUACGCCGUCUGAGUUUGUGUUUGCCAGAGACCCUAAAAAGCCUCCUGGUAAAGUCAUAGACUUCAAAGUGACAGAUUCCACCUACACAACCCUGUCCCUGUCUUGGACCAAACCCAAGGACAUUGAGGGGGUUGAGGAUGAAGCCAAGGGAUAUUUUGUGGAGAUCAGGCCUGCAGAGAGCACAGAUUGGGACCGCUGCAAUUCCAACGCAAUAACCAUGACUUCCUAUACAGUGAAAGGCUUGAAGUCAAUGGGCAUGUACUGGGUGAGAGCCAUAGCUACUAACGAUGGAGGAGAGGGAGAGGCGCAGGAGCUGGAUAAUUACAUCCUCGCAACGCCCCCCCCUGUGAGACCACGAUUCACAGAUGUCAAAAUCAAGAGUUUCAUGGUGGUCAGAGCAGGGAACUCUGCACGAUUCACCAUUAACUUUGAGGCAUCUCCUUGGCCUGAGGUCAUCUGGCUAAAAGAUGGAUCGCCAGUGCCUAAAAAGGUGACCAUCAGCAACACAGAGGGAUCAUCCCAGCUGCUGAUUCCUUCCUCCGAGCGCUCCGAUACUGGAAUCUACACCAUCAUUGUCAAGAACAUUGUCGCCCAAGAAUCAUUCAGCAUUGAAAUAAGAGUCACUGAUGAGCCGAAGCCACCUGGUCCGGUGGAGACUGACGAAAACGUGCCGGGCACCGUGACCAUUUCAUGGACCCCAUCCCCGGAUGAGAAACGUGACGACAGGCUGCACUACAUGGUGACUAAGCGAGACUCAAGUAAAAGCACGUGGCACACCAUCGCAGAUCACAUCUUCAACAACAGAUUCACACUCUGCAACAUAAUGCCGGGCAGAGAGUACCAGUUCAGAGUCUAUGCAAAGAACGACAUGGGCUCCUCCAAACACUCCGAAUCACCCAAGUGGCUGAUCCCCAGCAAAAGAGCAAAGUUCACCGUGACCAUGCCAGAGACGAAGGCCUGUGAUCUUCAGUGUCCUCCCAAGUUUCUUCUCCCCCUGAAAAUGCACACUGCUCCUCAGGGGUACGAAUGCUACAUGAGCUGUGCCAUAAAAGGGGAUCCAACACCUCAUGUGACGUGGCUCCGCAACAACAUCAGUCUGAAUACCAACACCAACUACUUCAUCUCCAACACCUGCGGAGUCUGCUCACUGCUCAUAUUGAGGGUCGGACCUAAAGACACCGGCGAGUACAAGAUCGUGGCGGAAAACUCGAUGGGGAGGGCUGAAUGCUCCACUAAGCUGACAGUCAGAGAAUAAAUGAAAAUGGAAGAAUUGCUCUAAAAUUCAUAGGCGAGACAACUUGUUAGAAAUUCACAUGUUGUCAAAUGUAGAUGAAUGAUUAUUUAAUAUUGCUGUGGUACUUUCCCAAUUGGUUUCUGAUUCUUAUACAGGCCGGUAUUUAUUUAAAGUUAAACUCACAAUUUUGCUGAAAUAAAAGCCCCAAACUUGGUUUGUUUGCUUUGAUUUCUAUUGGACAAUCUCAAUAAAGAGGAAGCUUUAACUACUAGUGUGCAAUGCCUUAUAUUUUAAUGCAAGUAGCAUGGAGUAGUGUGAUGCGAUGGGAGCCGCAAGGUUGGCGGUUUGAAUCCCGGCUGAAGUGUCCCGGAGCAAGACACCUGACCCCUAAUUGUCCCCCCUAGGCAAAAUGUAAGCCAUGGGUAAUAAUGCAAUGUAAGUCGCUUUGGAUAAACGUGUGGGAUAAAUGACAUGUGAUGUAAUGUUAAAUAGCAAAUGCAUUUUCAGUACAGGACACUAAGUAGCAGUGUUUUAAUUGAUGUUUAGUUAUAUUACAAGAGGUUUGUCUAACCUAAUGGGACCCUCUGUGUCUUAUUAUUAAUUCAUUAUUUUUAGAUGUGGUGAUGAUUUUGAAUCAAUUACUUUUUUGACAUUGUGAUUUACAAUUCCCCCCAAAACUGAAAUAACAGCAAAAAAUGAAUAACAAAUGCAUAUGAUACUCUUAUAGUCUGUUGUGUGAAAAGAUGUGUGGGUUUAGUAUAAAUAACUGAUGUCAUACUGCUACUGUUGUAUUUUUAAUGUGGCCUUCAUUAAUUUGAAGAAUACUUCAAAUACUUCUGUGGUUAUAAUUUUUUUUUCUUUAAAACAAAAAUGUAUGUACAUGCAUGAUGAUUGACAUGAGCCUAUAUACAGUAUGCAGGCCUUGACAUAGCAUGCAAGUAUCAAACUUCAUACCACUUGUUCAUCUCCAUGAAUGUUAAUGUGAAUAAUUUAUGCCCAGUCUUCUUGAAUUACCACUCUAAGCAUGUUUUUUUGAGAGGUCAGACAUAUGUCCAAGUUUAGAGUCAUAGAAGAAGGGAGAGUGAACACUUGCACCCUGGACUAAAACAUGUAUGACGAGAGCAACCUCUCCGUUUCAAAGUGAAGAUCUAGUUACAAUGUUUUAAGUAUGUGCAAAUACGGCAACAUCAUUUCUGUUGGGUUUCAGUCCAAAAAGUGAAAAUAUUAAAAAUCAGCUUCCCA